AUGGCAAAUGCUGAUACAGAUCAAUCGGUCUACUACGUACCCCACAGUGGUUGGUACCCGGUAGUACUCGCCGCGGGCCUGAUGCUAACGGUCACGGGCCUCGCGAGCUGGUUGAUUGAUACCAAAGCGGGUGAACCGCAUACCUGGACACAAAGCAUCAUUGGCUUUGCCAUGGUCUCUUUUGUUCUUUACUGCUGGUUCGGCAAAGUGAUUGCGGAAAAUCAGCAGGGUCUUGCCAACGAGCAGCUCAAGCGGAGCUACGUUUGGGGUAUGGGUUGGUUUAUUUUCUCCGAAGUCAUGUUUUUUGCAGCAUUUUUCGGCGCGCUGUUCUACACCCGCGGCAUUGUUGUGCCCUGGUUGGGUGGCGAGGGUGCAAAAGGCAUUGUAGGUGAUUACCUCUGGCCUGAAUUUGAUGCGACCUGGCCAGUCAUGAGCAAUCCUGAUGCAACAGCGUUCCCGGGGCCUGGUCAGAAUAUGCAGGCACCGUCUGUUUCCAGCUGGUAUGCCUAUCUGCCCUUCUGGAACACAGCAAUUCUUUUGUUUUCCAGUGUCACCAUUCACUGGGCCCACUCUGCAAUAAAAGCGAACAACCGCAAAAAGCUGAUUGGCUGGCUUGGCUUUACGGUACUCCUGGGCAUCAUUUUUGUUGGCCUGCAGAUUGAAGAAUACGUCAUUGCCUACACCGAGAUGGGUCUGACGCUGGCCAGUGGCGUUAGUCGACUUGCGCAUCUGCUUCACUCUUUUCUUCCAGCAGUUUUUCUGGUCGACAACCAGAUUCUCAAUGGUAAAACCGGUUACUGGGUAUUGCGUGACCAGCUACCCGAGGUACCUUUGUUGCCCGGUCGAGUGGAACUGCUGGGUGUGUUGUCAGCGGAGCCGGUAGAGGUUCGACUGGUCCUCAGUGAUGCCAAACACAGGGGAUACGCGGCAACCUGGUUUGGUCUGGCCAUUACGCUGUUGAUUGGCUAUGUGUUUCUGGGAUCCGCCCAGGCAGCAGCGGCGCAGCGGCGUAAUCGACUGCAGCUGCUCGGCAUUAUGAUGAUCGGGUUUUUAACCCUGGGGGGCUCCUAUCUGAUGUUCUACCUGGCGCAGGACUCCGACGGCUGGGGUACCACUAACAACGGCACGUUUGUGCAGCCAGUCAUCACGACAGCGGAACUGGGCUGGCAGGUAGAAGGUAAUACCCGACGCUGGUGGUUAUGGGUGGUGAGCCCUGACUGCACUGCAGAUUGCCAACAAACGGUGCAGCAUAUGCAGGCACUGCACAUCCUGUUGAAUCGGGAGAUGGAUAGGGUGCGUCGUGGUUACACCGCAAUCGGUGUAACGGAACAAACCCGCCCACAGUGGAUGACCCCGUUUCCGGAACUGGCAAUGAUAGAUAUUGCAGAUGCCUCACCUCUGACCGAGGGUGCCUUCACCCGCCUGGUGGAUGCGGGGUUGGGCUGCCCGGAUUGGCCGGGUUGUUAUGGUCAUCUGAAGUGGCCUGAUACUGCCGAAGAAGUGGAGCGAGCUGAAAUGCUGUUUCCGGAAGCUCCGGUGGAUCAUGCCAAAACCUGGCCAGAGAUGGUGCAUCGCUACUUUGCCGGUGCGCUGUUACUGGUUGUAUUGGCUCUCACCGUGAUUGCCUGGCGGGAUAAUCCGCCGAAUAAAAUCCGCGAGAUCAGCACCGCACUGCUGGUUCUGAUUAUUUGCCAGGCUGCGUUCGGGGCCUGGACGGUGACUUUGAAACUCUGGCCCCAGGUGGUGACCGCCCACUUGAUGGGCGGUUUUGCGACCUUCAGUCUGUUGUGGGUACUGUAUCUGCGCCAGGGAGGUGGCCGCCUGCUCUGGCUGGCGCAGGCCCAACGUUUGAAUUUGAAGCGGCAUGCGCAGCUGGCGCUGGGGCUGGUGGUUGCGCAGAUUGUGCUGGGGGGCUGGGUUGCGUCGAACUAUGCUGCACUGGCCUGCGCUGAUUUCCCGACCUGUUACGGCAGCUAUACGCCGACCAUGGAUUUCGCCGCCGGAUUCAAUUUUUUUCAGCAUGUUGGCCCGAACUACCUUGGUGGCCUGCUGGAUAAUGAAGCGCGCAUCGCGAUACAUUGGACCCAUCGCCUGGGUGCGCUGGUGGUGAUGGUUGCUGUGGCCGCGCUGGCCUAUCGCCUCUGGUCUGGAAAUCGUUUUUUGGCAACAUUGACCUUCACGCUGCUGGCCUUCCAGCUGGGUCUGGGCAUCCUCAAUGUCGUGUGGAGUCUGCCAUUGGGGAUCGCUACCGCGCAUAACGCCUUUGGCGCGGAAAUAACUGUAAGAGACAUAACUAUGAGUGAAGCCGUCACCAACGCCGCCGGCUGGCGAGACUAUCUCGAAAUGACCAAACCCCGCGUGGUUCUGCUCAUGCUGCUGUGUGCCCUGGUGGGUAUGUUUCUGGCAACAUCAGGCAGUGUGCCUCUGGACACAUUGGUUCUGGGUCUUACAGGUAUUGGCCUGGUUGCGGGUUCUGCAGCGGUGGUGAACCAUAUUGCGGAUGCGCACAUAGAUGCGCGCAUGGCGCGUACCCAGAGUCGUCCCGUUGCAACCGGACGCUUGAGUGCUACCCAGGGCAUCUUAUUUUCCGCAGUCAUCGGCCUGGCCGGUAUGGCGAUUCUGUAUUUUGGUGUGAAUCCGCUGACUGCCUGGCUCAAUCUCGCAUCCUGGGUAGGUUACGGCCUGAUCUAUACCUUCUGGCUGAAGCGCGCGACACCACAGAAUAUAGUGAUUGGUGGUCUGUUUGGUGCGGCACCGCCGUUGUUUGGCUGGACCGCGGUUACCAACAGCAUCGAUCCAGGUGGCCUGCUUCUGGUGCUGAUUAUUUUUGCCUGGACGCCCCCGCAUUUCUGGGCUCUGGCGCUCGAACGUAAAGAGGAAUAUGCCAAGGUUGGUGUGCCCAUGUUGCCGGUGACCCAUGGCGAGUCGUACACACGUCUGCACAUUCUUCUGUAUACCAUCAUCCUGAUUAUCUCGACCAUGCUGCCUUUUGUUAUCGGUAUGGCCGGGUUGCUCUAUCUGGCUGGUGCGUUAGCGCUGGGUGCGGGUUUUCUGUAUUGGGCGAUUGUGUUGCUUCGUGACACCAAUCCCCGCGCACCAAUGACCCCCCAGCUCAGUGAUGAUGAGCUGCGCGAACAGGGCGUGUUCCUGAUGCCUCGGCCCCGGGAUAUUGCACCUUUUGCGCUGCAGGACCAUCUGGGUCAGGUAUUCGACAAUUCGCGAUUAUUAGACCAGUGGACCUUUGUAUUUUUCGGCUUUACCCACUGUCCUGAUAUCUGCCCCACUUCAAUGUCUGAACUGGGGCAGGUGGACACCCAGCUACGUCAGGCCGGCGGCGAGCUUGAAGCUGGAUUUCAGGGCGUGCUGGUGACGGUUGAUCCGGAACGGGAUACACCUGAGAUUCUGGGUCAAUAUGCCACUGCCUUCUCCCCACGCUUUCUGGGUGUCUGGGGAGAGCGCGCGCCGACAGCUGAAUUUGCCCAACAGGUGAAUGCUGUGUUUGCCAAAAUGCCCGCAGAUGAUGGCGGCUAUACCAUGGACCAUACGGGCAACAUCAUCAUCAUCAACCCGCCGAGCCUACCGCUCGAAUUAACAAGGAGCGUUAUGCGCGUUGAUCCUGACCCCCCGCGGUCAGAAGAAACGGUGACCGCAGAUGACCUGCAGAACCGUUAUCAUCAGGUACGCCAGCAGUCGAUGGUGCUGUGCGAGCCCCUGGCCAUUGAAGACUUCGGCGUGCAGCCGAUGGAUGAUGCGAGUCCACCCAAAUGGCAUCUGGCACAUACCGCGUGGUUCUUUGAAACCUUCAUCCUGAAACAGCAGAUGCCUGGAUAUCAGGCAUUUCAUCCUCAAUUCGAAUAUCUGUUUAAUUCCUACUACAACGGAGUAGGACAGCCAUAUCCGAGACCGGCACGAGGGUUUCUUUCCCGGCCAACGGUUGCCCAGGUGAUGGAAUAUCGCGACCACGUGGAUCAGCAUAUGAAUCUGUUGCUCGAGGCUGGUGUUGAUGAUGGCAUCGCCGCUCAAGUGGUGCUGGGUCUACAUCAUGAGCAGCAGCAUCAGGAGCUGAUGUUGACGGAUAUCAAAUACAACUUUGGCCAUAAUCCGCUACUGCCUGGUUAUCGCGAGCGUAGCCCGGUUGAGUCUGCUCCGCUUUCAGGUUCACCAUCGGCAUCCACUUAUACCGAAUAUGAAGGUGGCAUUGUUGAGAUUGGUGCGGGUAAUGGUUUUGCGUUCGACAAUGAAACACCGCGUCACCCUGUGCUGCUGCAGGCAUUUCAACUGGCCGAUCGCCUGGUCACCAAUGGCGAGUAUUUAUCUUUUGUGGAAGACCGCGGUUAUGCGCGUCCGGAACUCUGGCUGUCGGAAGGUUGGUCUGCGGUGCAGGCACAGGGAUGGCAAGCCCCCCUCUACUGGCAACAGCGCAAUGGCGUCUGGCAUGAAUAUCGUUUGGAUGGUUGUCAUGAGCUUGUGCUGCAUAUGCCGGUUACCCAUGUGUCAGGGCAUGAAGCGUUUGCCUUUGCCCAAUGGGCGCAGGCUCGGCUGCCAACUGAAUUUGAGUGGGAGCACGCUGCAAGCAGCGCAGCUGUUGACGGUCAUUUUGUUGAAGCGCAGUACUUCCAUCCACAGGCCGCUGCAGAUCAGGAUGGCGUUCAGCAGUUGUAUGGUGAUGUCUGGCAGUGGACCGCCAGUAGUUAUGCGCCCUACCCUGGAUACCACCCGUCGCACGCGCGCCUGAGCUAUCGCAACUUCUUUUAUCCACCGGAAAUGGCCAGGGAAAUACUGGCGGGGUUGAAAGCGCAGCCAAAAACGUUAUCACCAAAGUACUUUUACGAUGCGCAAGGCUCGGCGCUGUUUGAUCGCAUCACAGAACUUGAUGAGUACUAUCUGACCCGUACAGAAAUGGCGCUGUUUGAUGCGCAUCUGGACGACAUAGCUGAACAUCUCGGUGGCAACGUCUGCCUGAUUGAGUAUGGCAGUGGCAGCUCCGUCAAAAUCCGUAAACUCCUGCAAGCAGUGACACCGGCAGCCUAUGUGCCGGUAGAUAUAUCUGAUGAACACCUGCAGGCCAAUGCCCAGGCCUUACAUGAAGAUUUCCCGGCGCUGAACGUUUUACCUGUUUGUGCCGACUUUACCCAGCGUUUUGAGCUGCCUGAUGCAGUUGCAGAUAUGACAAAAGUCGGGUUUUUCCCGGGCUCCAGCAUUGGCAAUUUUGAUCCUCAAGGUGCGCAGAAUUUUUUGCAGAAUGUUCACGCAACAGUGGGUUCCGGUGGGGCUCUGCUGGUUGGUGUGGAUCGAAAGAAAUCUGUUAGCGUGCUGGAACAGGCUUACAAUGACAAACACGGUGUGACGGCAGCUUUCAAUUUAAAUGCCCUGUCUCAUAUCAACAAGGAGCUGGACGCCAACUUUCAGCCUCAACAAUUUUCCCAUGUGGCAAGCUACAACCCGAAACUGGGCUGUAUACAGAUGUUUUUACGCAGUGAAGUAGAACAGCAGGUAAAUAUUGCCGGUGAAACCAUCCGCUUUUCCAAGGCAGAAAAACUGCAUACGGAAAAUUCUUAUAAAUAUGAUCCGGAUGAAUUUCUGGCGUUAGCAGACAGCGCCGGAUUCAGCUCGCUGGCUCAAUUCAGUGACAGCAAGCAGUAUUUUACACUCUAUCUGCUACAGGCCCGAUAG